AUGAACACCGCCAGCUCUAGUUCCACCACUCUGGGUCUUGGAUGCACGAGCUACGGCGCCGGCUUUGGCCAGAGUAGCGGCCACCGCCGUUGCACUGUCAAGGCGGCGGCGACGGCCACGGCGAGCAGGAGCACCGACUACUACAAGGUGUUGUCGCUGGACCACUCGGCGAACCUGUGCGAGGAGGAUGUCAAGCGCGCGUACCGGCGUCUGGCGCUGCAGUACCACCCGGACGUCUGCCCGCCGUCGCGCCGUGCCGAGUCCACGGAGCUCUUCGUCGAGCUCCGGCGCGCAUACGAGACGCUCUCCGACCCUGCUACGAGGAUCCAGUACGAUGACGAGCUGAGGACUGGCACGGCGGCGAGGCGACCGGCCGACGGGUUUCCGAAAGACGUGUGGGAGGCGCAGCUGUCCGUGCUGUGGGCGCGUUCUGAGCGGCGCCAGAGCGCGGCGGGCAGUUGCGGCGGCAACCGGUUCUAG